CCUUUUCGCGGCGCCGAGAUAGUUCCGCGUAGCGUGGAUUGAGGGCCCCCCUUUUCCCAUCGUCUCUCCGCCUUCAGGAGGAGGGAGGACGCGCGAUUCAGCGGAGGAGUCCGGUCAGACCUACUCUUCACCGAGGGCCCUCCCCUCCGGUCUCCGCUACGGUAGUCUGUAUUCAGUGCAACAUAAUUCAGCUUGCAAUUUUUUGAACAAAGGAAGCAGCUAUGCAACGAAGACACAAAGGUUUACAUUCUGGAUUACUUCUUUUAUUUUCUCAGAUUGCUCAUGUUGGAAUUAACAACAUUCCACCUGUCACACUUGCAACUUUGGCGGUGAACAUUUUCCUUUUUUUACAACCCCUGGAUUCACUAAAUGAAGCAUGUGUCAGUGUUAACAAGGUUCUUUACAAGGGGGAUUGGCAUCCAUUGUAUCUUUCGGUGGUUCAUCACAUAGAUGACUGGCAUCUAUAUUUUAAUAUGGUAUCCCUGCUUUGGAAGGGAAUGAAGUUGGAGAAGAGACUUGGAAGCCUGUGGUUUGGAUAUAUAAUUACAUUGUUUUCACUGCUAGUAGGAGUUGUGUACAUCCUUCUGGAACUAAUAGUUGCAGAACUUUUACAUGAUCCCCUCUAUAAACAGAGCUGUGCUGUUGGUUUUUCUGGAGUGUUAUUUGCUUUGAAAGUUCUUAACAACUAUUAUCAUCCUGGCGGAUCCAGCAACAUCCUGGGAGUGAAUGUGUCCAAUAAAUUUGCUUGUUGGGUUGAACUUGUAGCAAUUCAUUUUCUGAACCCAGGGACUUCUUUUGCAGGACAUCUGGCAGGUAUUCUUGUUGGACUAAUGUACACCAUGGGACCCCUGAAGAUGAUCAUGAAAGCAUGUGCAGGUGGCUUUAUCUCUCCAACCAGAUUUUCAGAACACAGAAAUGGCUACAAUCCAGAGAAUUUUAGCUAUUCAGGCUACCAGUUCUAUCCUCAAAGAGACUACAACUUGUUCACUGGUGGACUAAGUGAAGAAGAACAGCUUAGGAGGGCAGUAAUAAACAGCCUGAAUGACAGAGGUGGCAGAACAAGACAUUACCUUAAUGAGUGGAGAUCUUAAUGCUUCUGGCUUCCACAAGAAGAACCAUCAACUGAGGGAAUUAGAAGGCAAAGAUUUAAUUGAUUUGAGAGGUGGUAACAUUCUUGAGACUAACCUAAAAUAUAUGAAGAGCUGCACGAGUGCCAAAACAUUGGUUGUAGCUUCUGAUUUUAAGUAGUUUAAAAUUUCAGAACAGAUGGUUUUCUUCAAGCCUUCUAACAAAGUGCAUAGAGAAUUUGUAAUUUUUUUGUGUAUAGCACUUCAAACUUGAAAAGGGUUGCUGAAAACCCUUAAAGGAUUUGAUAUUCUAGGACAGUUUUGAGGCAGAUUUGUGCAACUUCUAUUCAUUUUGGCAAGUCUCAGGAAAUUUGCAUUGUCAGCCCUUACACUUUAAUACAACCUCAAAACAUGUUGAAUCAUGAAGCUUAAACACAUGGUCAGUGAUUUCACUUUUCCUCUGGGAUCUUAAAUAUAUAAGUAUUUAUUGUUGAGACUAUGGUGCUUUCCUAUGCAACUAAUAUUCCUCCUUAAUGCAUAUCAAGCAGAAAAGCAAUGUAAAAAUUCAUCUGAACUUUGCAAGAGUUUUCUUUGAGAUUUAGGGCAACAGGAUGUGAUAGUAAGUUCUAGAUGUAGUUUAAUUCUAAGUGACCAUUUUUAUUGGCUCUGGCUUGCCAUCUUUAGAGUUGGUAGCUGGAAAGGUCCAUUGUCACUUUGUGUAGAGUUUUGCUUCACUUUAGCUCUGGGCUGGCAACAUUUCUUUUAUCUUUCCUUUUUUUUAAUUUGGCAAUAAAGUAAUAGUCAUUGUGUGUGUGUAUGUGUAUGUGUGUGUAUGCACGCAAAUAUGCAGCAACAGUACUUCAUCCUCUUUGUACACCAGGAGCCCUGAACUUUGUAUUAUUAAACUAUAAACAAGUCCAAGUAGGGAAACUUAUGCUACCUUUGAUCUUUUAUCUCUCAUUUGAAACACAUUUUGAUUAUAUUGCAUAAAAACUAUUGCGAAUGUUUAAGAGUUGAUUUAUGCAUCUUUCUAUCUGUACAUAAAUAUGCACACACAUACAUAUGCACAUGGUAUCAUAAGAAACAGCUGGUGUUAAUGUGGCAGAAGUAUAGUUGACGUAAUCUGUUUGUCUUCUGGAUUUCAUCAGAUCCUCAGACAUUCAGCAUGAACAGGAUAUUGUUUGGCUAGUCUUCAGUUUUGCAUUUGCAAUUUCCUUUCUCAAUUUUAUCUCAGGAGCAGCAAAAUUCAAGAUAAUUUGGGGCUUUUCAAGUGCUGAGAAGCCUAAACUUUGUGAUUUCAGACAAUUAAUAGCAUUGUGUUUUGAACCUCUUGAGUCUGUGGCAGAUUUGCAACCUGCCUACCUUAGGAAAACUGAUGCUGUCCAUAGUAAUACAAAGCUGUUUUUGAUCUGCCUUAAAUAUCACAUGGUGAAGCAGAUAUACAAAUUUUGCACUCUUGUGUAUUCUUAAGAGCAGAUAGUUCUUCAUGCUGCUAGCUGUUUGUUUUUCCCAUCUCACUCUUUGAGCCAAACCAGGUAUGGCAGUAAAUGCAUCCACAUAUCGAAUAUGCACAUCUUAAAAAGUGCAAGUAGCAGGUGCUGACUAGUUAGUAAACACUGAAAUUAUAGCAAAUUUAAUGGUGAAUUUAACCCUUUGUUCUCUGCUGUGGUAUUGAUGAAAAUUGCACCUUCAAAGCUGCAGUAGCAUGAAUGGGAAAGGUGCAUUGAAUGUCUAGUUUGUGACCAGAUUCUGACUGUGUUUUGCACUUGCAUUAAUCAGUUUUUCCCCUACUAAUUUUUAAUGUUCUAAAAUGAAUACUUGAAUAGAACCAGGUGCUUUCUAUUUUUAGUAAUAUAUCUUUUUAGUAAAAAGAUUCUUUUUAAAAACCUUCUCAUAAAUAAUUUGAUACUUUGGUGUGUUUCUAGGAAGUAGAAUUUUAGCUGUUUAUCAAUAUCCAUGAAACAUCCCAGUUUAAAAGUACCUUGUCCUCAGUAAUCGUGGUAUGUGUAUUAAAUAGCAUUCUAUUUGAAAUACAGAAUAAUUACACUCAUUAAGGAUGUUUUUGUGCCUCAAAAGUUUUUGUUAGCUUUUCUAACUGGGACAUUGGCUAUGUCAUUCCUUAAGGUCUAGGGAGGUAAUAAAACAAAAGUUAAAAAUUA